GAGCAAACAAAUGGUUGUAUCCUUGGGGACGUGUAAUCUCAAUGGUAGACAGGUUUACAGCUUAACAGCAGCACUGUGCUCGUUCUAUAUGGAGUGAUUAUUGUGAAAUACAGGAUGUGUGACAGGAAUACAUGAAUGAUAUGGGACAGAAGUGUUUGCUGCUGUGAUGCUUCAAGUGUGUAACUUCGUCAGUUCCGAGUCCACUGACACGAUGAAGCACCCAGAAUGCAACGUUGAGGAAUACGAAUUCAACCUGGGAUGUGCGCCACAAUUAAGAUGUGGCUACAAAGAAAAGGCGACGAUGUGUGGGAAGUGUGAAACAUGUCUUCUGACGUAUCGAAUAAAAUCGGUAAAAGAAUGGUUCCUGCGACUUGGUGAUCAUUCGAAAAGACGUUUCAUGCUCGGUUUGUUACGCCGAAUACACAGCGUGGACCUUCUCCGACAGCUGGUGUCGCUGCUUCAGCCGCUGAUGAACAAGGACUUUGUGUACGCCCGGACUCGCACCAACCCAAGCCUGGACACGGACACCAGCACCAUGAGUUCCGACCGAGCGCUGACGUCGAGUGUCGUCGAACAGUUGACAUCUACAACGUGGGACUGGUUCGCCAACUCUAACUACUGGACUAAAGCAAACUUUGCCUUGACCUUGCUGCAGUCGUGUGACGUACACUUGCUUCAUGUUAUUGGGUCGCAGGCCAGGACUCUUCUUGUACUAGAAGAAGAUGCUGCAGCGGGAAAUUUAGAAUCAACAAACUACGAAGCUUCAUCCAUUGCUAGUUCCUACUGCUCGUUUAAAACAAAUGAUCAUCCAGAACUUGAUCUUCUAGUGGCAACUCGCUUGGAGUACGGUCACAUAGAGGAAGGUCCCUUCACAGGGGAGCUUCUGAAUGCAUCCCCAGACAGUAUUAUAAACUGUGACAGCGGUGACGAAAGUCUCUCUGAUGACACACCCAGCUCCGUAGACCCGUCCUGCUUCGUGGUACCGACUGCUUCCAAAGCGUACUCCGGUGUGGCGAGGUACCGCGACUUCGUCCGCUGUCUUCCCGUGCACAUUGCCAAGUACAUUCUGAGUUUCCUGGACAGGGCGUCGUUGAACAACGCACUGUGUGUGAACAGGAACUGGAGGGUGCUGGUGGAGGAGGUGCAUGACGAGUUCUAUGUGAACCAACAGCUGUGGGAGGAGGUCAUGCUCAUGCAGGGAGCUGCAGCCCAGAGUGCCAACCCAUUUUACGCCAAUGACAUCAACGUCGAAGUUCCCAAGCUGUUGUCUGGUAGCACGGACGUCAUGUGCAAUGACGAUGCCGUUGUCAAGACAAUGUUCAAGAGCGACGUCAGCUUUGCGACGGCGUACAGCGGUAUUGAGACCCAGAAAGUGAUCAUGGAGGAGCGCAAUGUGUACUGUGGAGCCUACAAUGUGAUGGUGUUGUGCACUCAGGAGGACGUAAACCGUGUGAUGCACACUGAUGGUAGUAAGCUGAUUGCACUAGGUUCGAAGGACCGCAAGGUGCGUUUCAUCGACUGCGAGUCGGGCAAGGAAAAGGGUCCUAUGAUCACCGGACACGCAGGGUCUGUGCGCUGUGUGUGUCUGUGUGAGGCCAAGGGGAUUGUGCUCAGCGGCAGCUAUGACACCAGCAUCAGAGGAUGGUCUAUAGAAACGGGUCAUUGUUUGAAGAUUUUCCGAGGACACCGAGAUACUGUGGUUACUGUGGUGCUGCAUGGAGACGUGGUCGCGUCGGGCUCUAAAGACAAAUCUUGUAAAAUCUGGGACAUGCAGACUGGCAAGUGUAGUCGCACGUUCCGCCACAAGUUCCCGGUGAUGGCCGUUGCCCUAUCCAAGGAUCUGUGUAUCUCGGGCUGCGAGGGCGGGAGUGUCAAGGUGUGGAACCUCACAUCGGGAGAGCUUGUUAAGACAUUAAAAGGUCACAAGGGCCCGGUGACUGCCAUUAAGUUUGACCGGUGGCACAUUAUCACGGGGAGCAGAGAUGGGUAUGCACUUGCAUGGAGCACGAUUGGCAAGCACUCUCGAUGUCUCACAGCACUCAGACACCCGAAGGAGGUUUUGUGCUUGGAAUUCAUGUAUCUGCGGGUGAUAACAGGGUCAGCCGAUGGUCGUCUGCGUAUCUGGAAUAUAAUCACAGGACAGUGCUGCCGCAUCAUGCGCGGGAACAGUCGCAGCGAUCCUAUCGAGGCCAUUAUUUGUAACGGUAACAGGAUUACUCUCAACACUCAUAACAACCUGCUGGUGCUCAACUUUGAGCACAUUGAGUGGGACUACACCCUGGAGACCGACAAGGUGCCGUCGCUGGUGCAGUACGGGUCGUAUUCUGAUGCGCCCGUCAGACAACAGCCGUAUCCGUACAUCCGCGCACAGAGGAUGAAACUAGCCGGGGCAAGUAACAAGAAGAUCAUCUGUCACAAACUGAAAGAACAACACGCCCCUACGCCCAUCCUUCAGUCAGAGUUCCGGGCACCACAGCUUUCACACAGUGCGAAGACGCUGAGCGAGCGUUACCUGAGCAGUGCCAGAUCGAUCCAAACCCAUCGUGGCGGGUCGUGUCUCAGUUUGCCGAUGUCUCCUGCUGGAUAUUCACCAUCAAGAAAACAUCGAGAUCUGAGUGUUCGACAGGUUUCGUCGGCCCCAAGCACUGUGUUCCGCAAAGCACCACCCUCGCCACCAGGUACGUCAAAGUCGAGACCACCGACCGCGAAGUCUCAGAAAACACAAGUGAGCGUGAAGAUAGCGGACCAGGAGAUGGACGAGGAGGAUGAGAUGCCUAAAGAACCACCCGUUGUCCACCGUCGGGUGUCGUGGGCGUUCGAGAAACCGCUCAUUCCCGUCUCCAAGGACGUGUCACUGUCGGAAAUGAAGGCACUACUGCGGUCUCAGAUCCGAAUGAAAACCGAAAGUAUUAUUCCACCCAACUUCAUCUACCUAACCGUGAAUGCAAUACAGAAUUCCAUGAAGCCCUCAGAAACUAGUUCCAACACUAACGACAAUAUGCAUGACUAUAAUCUGAAAGCACCGCACCCCAAGGGUGAGCAGGUUCGGCCAUCAUCCUCUCCCAGUAGAAUAGAUCCCAGGACAAAGGUCCCUGUGGAGGAAUUGCAUCUGGAACAGUUUCUAACAGAGAAUGGAGAAACCGUGUCGGAGUUUUCUGAUCUUCGCUCCGUCAAGUCACUGCGUAUAAAAGAACAACCCAAGACUCUGGUGUUACCAGACAAAGAAGUCUAUCAAACGAAGUACAUCUCUACUCCUGUUAAACCUGCUGCACAUAGAAGUCUUCAUCCGAAACGCAUCAAGUCUACAUUACCCCGAGGCCGUGUUAUACGACCCAUCUCGGCAGCAGUGAUGCAGAAGACGGACAAGCCAUCUUUGUUCCCGCCGAAUGCGAAAAAUACUCGUCCAUUCACAGCACCAGCGAAAACACGUCCUGGCACCGUGGAGUCCCUACCACCCAACAUUGCAUCAUAUCUUCCAGGCGGAUAUGUUCCAAGGCCCAAGACGGUGGAUUUGUUGUCGUCAGCUCAAAUCCACAGCCCGGUUCCGAUGUUGAUGUACUCGCAGGAGGUCAAGGAUAAAAUCAAGGAGUUGAAAGAAAGGCAGCAAAAUCGUGAGCAGCUCAUCCCACGUGGGUCGGGCAUCCCCAUACUAGGUAAGGUCAGUCCGUUUAAUGACCCCAUGCGGAGUCACAUCAAGUUUGAACUGCGCACACAUAAACAAGAGCAGGAGUACAUUGCCAACAUCGAGAGAUCCCACCAGGAGCAGCGGCAGAGAGAGGAGGAAAUUACAGAGAAGAAGAAAAGAGCGGCCUGGCUGGCCACGACAAAAAUGUCUAGUUGAUGGAAGCAGCUAAUAAAGUACACUCUACAUACUGACAAAUACAGCACUGAUAUGACAGAAGUUACUGGAUGUUACAGUUUAUAAUCACACAUGCUGACCAAACAUGACAUGUUACAGUUAAUCAUUUAUAAAUAGUCAAUGACAUGAUAAGUUAUAGUUAAUAUUUAAUUUUUAUGGUCAUAAACAAUUUGUGUGUUUUCUUGGUCAGCUUUUGCAAUUCAGAAAAGAGCCUCAGAUAAAAUUAAUACUAAGACACCAGUAGCUCGCUACAGCUAAAAUACACUUUGCCUUGGUGUUUGUAUUUGAACAGUAAAAUGCUGAUGGUACUCAAUUUUACAUCAGCAUUGCUGAAUGCUGACACUAACUGCAAGGGCUUCUGACAGUGGGUAAUGAAUUAGAGUUGACUAUAAAUUACAGUAAACCAUACUUUUGACAGAUGACUAUUCUUUUAAUAGUUAUUCAUUUGACAGUCACCUAAAGAUUUGACAGUUUGCUAUGAAUUUUUACCACUUAGCCGUCAAUUUGACAUUCUUUUAUGGAUUAAACUUGAGGCUGGUGCAUGCAUAGGUGAUGCCAUAGUGACAGGCCAAACAACAAAGCAACAAGAUACUUUGGUAUGGCCCCAUUAGUGAAACCAAAUUUGGCUCACAAAACAUUGCAUGGUUGUGUCAUGGCCACAGGCAAUGUGUGUGAGACAAAAUAAAAUUAAUCCAAUUUUGUGUAACACAGAGUGCUGUCCGCUGCCAGUCAGAACAUUGCAUUGUGAAGGGCUGUUAAAUGCAUGUGCAACAGGGGGCAAUUUCACAAAAACAUCAUAAGUUUAUGUCUGCGACUAGCAGUUAUACUUAGCAUACAUUUACAAGUGCUUGGUGUCUAUUUCACGAAGAAAAUUACAUCAUUAAGGAAAAUAGAGCAUUUUAAGGACAAAAGAAAAUGAAAUAUGUGUAUUUCUGAUAUAUUUGUUGUACUAUAAUAGUAAUAAGAAUUGUGCUUUAGUCGUAGUUACGUUUACGUGCAAAACAAGGCUUACGAUGUUUUGUGCAAUUGGGCCCAGAACUGUAGCAAGCCACAGCAACACUGACAUGGAAAUUUCUGUUGUGUGGCCUGUUGCUGUGGCGUGUCACGAUUCCUGUUACUGUGGCGUGUCAUGAUUCCUGUUGCUGUGGCGUGCCACAAUUCCUGUUGUGUGGCCUGUUGCUGUGGCAUGUCACGAUUCCUGUUGUGUGGCGUGUCACGAUUCCUGUUGUGUGGCCUGUUGCUGUGGUCCGUCACCUAUGUGUGUACCAGUCUGUACUCUAGGUCUGAAUAUACAUGUACAUAUAACAACCAAUGUUUAGUUUUUUUUAAUUUGUAUUUCUUUUUCUUUUUUGUAGCUACAUAUAAACUUUAUGUAGACAUUUUGUACAGUGUGGUUUCAUAUUACACACUGGAAGUGUACAGUAUUCAUCAUUAUUAAAUAUUGUAUGUACCAUUUCUAAAUUAUGAACAGUAAACUUUCUGCUGAGCAUGAUACAGUUAAAACUGAUUGUGCCAAAUUUCCUACAGUUAAAAUUUUGUACAUAUCAAAAUCAUUAUCUAUAUGUCUCAUCAUCUAUUUUAUUUUUCUUAACCUUUUGAAUGAAAAGCAUGAGGCUGAAAUUAAGUUGUGUUGACUAGGUGCUCGUUUCAGUUUCAAUGAUUUUUAAAUAAGCUGUAAGCUCAAAACAAGAUGUACAUCUAUGCCUGUGGAUAGCAACAAAAUGUACACUACAGCACAUAUUGUCUUUAACAUUUAGGAAACAACAUUUAACAACACCUCAUUACAUUUCAAACUAAAGCUAUUCAGUGUCUACCAUGUGGUAGUUGUGACUUUAGUCAAGAGAGUGGAAUGCUUUUGGAUGGAAUGUAGAAAGAAACCGACUGGGUUGACCAUUGUGGAUUGAAGCUUAUUGAUCCAUUUCACCUCAGUGAGUGCUUUACCACAAACUACAUCCACCCUUAUAACUUAAAUUUAACUCAAAUUUAGUCUGGUCUUCAACUGCAUGCAUUGCAGUUUUUAUUAAGUUGAAAAUUAAACUCCUAAGUUCAAACAUCCAGAUUUGUGGUAACAGGAUAAAAAACCAAACAUUUACCUUGACAUUAUUGUUGCAAUAAAAGCCUUUUAACGUCUCUGCAUUAAAUGUGUCAUCAAAUCUUUGUACCUGUGUUUUAUGUUGUAAAAUAAUACAAGUGUGUACUUGUUAAUUAUUGGCAGAAUUAAUCCAUUUUUUCUUGCCACUUGUCUUUUGACUUUAAUGUUUGUACUAUAAACUUUAUAGACAAUUUUUUAUACUUUUAUUUAUAGGACUAUGUAUUUUUAAAAAGAAUUUUUAUAUUUUAUAUUAAAUUUUCACAGACAUUUGUACAUAUAUGAUAUGUUAAUUAAAAGAAUGUUACAAUGUUUUAUUAACUAAACUGCAUCGAGAAGUCACUUACAUUUAUCUGAAUCAUAAACUGUUAACACAGUAGGGGCACAAAUCAUUACCUCCAUGGGCGAUAUACCCAAGUUAGUGAUGUGAGUUAAUAUUCCAGUUUUAUUUGGCAUAACCUCAAAUCAUUACCUCCAUGGGCGAUAUACCCAAGUUAGUGAUGUGAGUUUAUAUUCCAGUUUUAUUUGACAUAUCCUCCAAUCAUUACCUCCAUGGGCGAUAUACCCAAGUUAGUGAUGUGAGUUUAUAUUCCAGUUUUAUUUGACAUAUCCUCCAAUCAUUACCUCCAUGGGCGAUAUACCCAAGUUAGUGAUGUGAGUUUAUAUUCAAGUUUUAUUUGACAUAUCCUCCAAUCAUUACCUCCAUGGGCGAUAUACCCAAGUUAGUGAUGUGAGUUUAUAUUCCAGUUUUAUUUGACAUAUCCUCCAAUCAUUACCUCCAUGGGCGAUAUACCCAAGUUAGUGAUGUGAGUUUAUAUUCAAGUUUUAUUUGACAUAUCCUCCAAUCAUUACCUCCAUGGGCGAUAUACCCAAGUUAGUGAUGUGAGUUUAUAUUCAAGUUUUAUUUGACAUAUCCUCCAAUCAUUACCUCCAUGGGCGAUAUACCCAAGUUAGUGAUGUGAGUUUAUAUUCAAGUUUUAUUUGACAUAUCCUCCAAUCAUUACCUCCAUGGGCGAUAUACCCAAGUUAGUGAUGUGAGUUUAUAUUCAAGUUUUAUUUGACAUAUCCUCCAAUCAUUACCUCCAUGGGCGAUAUACCCAAGUUAGUGAUGUGAGUUUAUAUUCAAGUUUUAUUUGACAUAUCCUCCAAUCAUUACCUCCAUGGGCGAUAUACCCAAGUUAGUGAUGUGAGUUUAUAUUCAAGUUUUAUUUGACAUAUCCUCCAAUCAUUACCUCCAUGGGCGAUAUACCCAAGUUAGUGAUGUGAGUUUAUAUUCAAGUUUUAUUUGACAUAUCCUCCAAUCAUUACCUCCAUGGGCGAUAUACCCAAG